UCUCCGUGCUAUUUUGUCCACGGACUUGAGCUGGGUGUUACUACACGGAGAAAACUUUCAAUUUCUCCUCACCACCCAACGAGCGAGAAACGAGCGAGAAACUGGUCAUGGUGUUCAUACGCUCAUCUCCUGAACAAGGAUUCUCCCUCGACAUGAAGACUACCUUGUCAUUAGUGCUCGUGUUAUUGGUGGGACUUUCUUACGCUCAAACAGCCAAGCAAGCUGAAGAGGACUCUGAGGAUGAAGGGGCCUUCAUCGGCACCACAGAGAAACCCCAAAAAUAUGCUCCAGCAUACUGUUGGGGCUUCCGAUUGAAUUGCGAGAAGCGAAAGGAUCACACAUGCUGUCGAUUUCCUCUGCCCCCAAAAGACGGAGUACCACCGAACUCUCUGAAUUUGAUUCGGCCAGCAGGAGUCAGGAUCAGACCUUUCCGUUUACCAGGCAGUACUACUAAAGUGGAGAAGGAAGAGAAAAAUGAAGAGCAAAAUCAAACAGCCGAGGAAGAGGAACCUCCCCAAACGGAGGCCACUCAAAAAACGAAAGAAUCUCCUGAAUCAGACAAUGAUGAAAGCCCGCCCAUCGCCCAACCUCAAAGUGGAUCCCUCUUCCGACGGAAACCUAGCUUUUCUAUGAAGAAACCUUCAGUGGCCCCAGAGCAACCUGCCAAUCCUGAGAGUGAACCCAAAAGGCCAAGCUUUUCUCCCAUUCGUAAACCAGGUGGAUUCAUGUCCAAGCUUUGCACCCGGCUAGUCACCGAUUGCACAACCCAGCCCACUCACCACUGUUGCAAGCACAAGGAAGAAGACGCUGCCGCAGCCUUGGUCACGGAGACAGAACCGUCCGAAAAAGAGCCAACUGAAGGUGAGGUGCAGGGAGCCGAGGAGGCACAAGAAACCGAGAAGCUGGCAACAGAGAACCAAAACAUUCCCCUUGAGAACAAGGCUGAGUACGACCAACACCAUCAGGCCAUUUUGGACCAAAGACAAGACGGUAUCAAAGACGAGGAGGUUGAAGAGGAGGUUGAAGAAGAAGGGCAGGAACAGCACCCCUCCAUAAGAGACGUUCAAGACGAGCGCGAAGGGGAUUUCGAAGGCGAAUUGAUUGAAGAGGCCGAACCCACCGAGCAAUCCAUCCUGGAAGAUAAUUAUCCCGUCCUCGACACUGAAGACCAGCCCGAGAAUCAAUUUUCAGAGGCUCCAGCGGACGCCGGAGUGGUGCCUUCGGUCACUGUUGUGGAUUUGGUCUCAGGAAACCUGGGGGGAGUGGCUCCCAUCGCAAGCGAUUACCAACAAGUGUCUCCCUACAGCCAACAGGGUGGCGAACAAGUGGAAUAUUAUGAAUAUGACGAAGACGAAUUUCCCGCCUACUCUGUUGGAGCCCAAAAAGAUGCCAUCCUAGCUCAACCUGAGACUGGCGUGUACCAAAAGAUCCCAGCUGAAUGUUUCACUCGAGCUUACGAUUGCAACACGGAUCCGGCUCAGCUUUGUUGCUCGUAUCAGUAGUUAAAGUAGAACCAGGUAUCGCAACCAAAACGUCGUACCAUCUCUCCUCAUAUUAACUAAAUUCUCCUUGUUUGAUGUCGCCAAAUUGGACUACCAAAACUAACAAUAGUCCCUUAAUUGACCAUGUUAAAACACAAAUAUAAAACAAUUGUUAUAAACGAGGUUAGCGUUCUUCAUGUCUCGAUAUUCUCGUCGUAAACCGUUCGUUAUUCGAGUUAUUCGACGUUAAAAGCCAUGAUCGAAUUGCUAGGAAAUUAUUCCGAAUAAAGGUA